AUAGCGGAGGGCGGCGGUGCGGGGACCGGGAGCGGAACCGGGAUCGGAACCGGGACCGACCCUGGAGGGGGCGGCGGGACCGGGGCUCCGGGUUCGGCUGUCCCCGGGGAGGCCUCCGCAGCGCAGCCCGGGACCCCCCCGGUCCCCCCGGCCCCGGGCGAUGCGGGAGCCCCCGCCCGGCCUGACCCGGCCCCACCGGUGACUCGGGAUGGACCCGAACCCCCUGAUCCGAACAGCGCGGGCGGGUUUCAGGAGCUGCCGCCGCCUCCUCCUCCCUCCGGACUCGCCGGUUCCGGGUGUUUCUCUCCGGGUCUUGGCUCCUCCUUUAUCCCGGGCUGAUGGGAGAGGUCCCGGCAGCCAACCAGGGCUGUGCUGGGCUCUGCUGGGCUCUGCCUCAACCGGAACCAUCCGAACCUUGCACACAUCCCCCCCUUUGCCUCGGGAUCUGCAGGAGGAGCCCCAGCCUCGCCGGGACCCCAAAACUGCUGAAACUUCACCAAAAGUGCUGGGGGAGGGGAAGAAGAGUUGGAGGCAGAGAGCUGUGGAUGAGCUGAGGCAUUACCAGAACGGGUUCCACUGGCUCUGGGUUGACACCAAGGUGGCUGCCAGGAUGGUGUGGAGGCUCCUGCAUGGCCAGGUCCUCACACGGAGGGAGAGGAGGAGGCUCCUGAGAACCUGUGCAGAUCUCUUCAGGCUGGUUCCCUUCCUGGUGUUUGUCAUUGUCCCCUUCAUGGAGUUCCUGCUGCCUCUCUUCCUGAAGCUCUUCCCUGAAAUGCUGCCCUCCACCUUUGAGACAGAGUCCAAGAAGGAAGAAAAGCAAAAAAAGAAGUUAAAUGCAAAGCUGGAGCUGGCAAAGUUCCUGCAGGAGACAGUUGCAGAGAUGGCCAAGAGGAACAAAGCAGCCACAGGACAAGGGAAAAAAUUCUCCUCCUACGUGCAGCAGAUCCGUCACAGUGGGCACCAGCCCAGCACCCAGGAGAUCCUCAGCUUCUCCAAGCUUUUUGAGGAUGAGCUGACCCUGGAGCACUUGGAAAGGCCCCAGCUGGUGGCUCUCUGCAAACUGCUGGAGCUGCAGCCCCUUGGCACCAACAAUCUGCUGCGUUUCCAGCUCCUCCUGAGGCUCAGAACCAUCAAGGCAGAUGAUGAGAUGAUUGCCAAGGAGGGAGUCCACGUCCUGAGUGUGUCUGAGCUGCAGAGUGCCUGCAGAGCCAGAGGGAUGAGGUCCCUGGGGUUGUCUCAGGAGCAGCUGAAGGAGCAGCUGGGACAGUGGCUGGAUCUGCACUUGAAAGAGAAUGUCCCACCUUCCCUGCUCCUGCUCUCCCGUGCCUUGUACUUAAUAGAUGUAAAGCCACAAUCUGUUCCAGUGCCACAGAAUCAGGCAAGUGAAGCUGCUGAAACCAUUCCUGAAGGUCAGGAGACCCUGGUGGACCCUGCCCCUGCUGCACAAGGGAGAAAGGCUCAAAGGGAAGCUCCUCAGAGCAGCCAAGCCAAUGGAGCUUAGCCUGGAGCCCACGAGGACUCUUGGACCCUGGAGAGAAAAGCUCCCAGCUCUGGAACUCCUUCCAGGAAGAGGGAUUUUCCAGGAGCACAUCAGCACUGAGGCCAUGCUGAGGCUUCUCCUUUCUACUGAGCCCUCUUCCUGGACAUUUCAUUUGUACAGAUGAUAAUAAUUCUGCUGCUGCUGCCUCUGCAGUUCCUGUGCAGGUCUUUGUGCUCCUAACCCUUAGGAAAUGCUCUUCCUCCUCCUCCUCCUUGUCCUGAAGCCCUGGAGUCAACCACAGCUGGAAAUCCUCCCCAAGAAGAUGUCCCUGUAGCCAGGGCUUGCAGCCUGCCCUGCUUGGCCAGCUCUAGCUCCUCAUCCUAGUUAGCAUGGCUUAACCAGUAACCAGAGGAUGACCCACUGGAUCUCCCUGUGCCACGGGGGGGUCAGCACCUUCUCAGUGUUGAGAAACACCCAAGAACUUUUGGAAGGAGAGCAGAGCAGUGAAGAGGGCAGGCAGCUCCUUUGCAGGUGCUGUUACAGAGGGCAGAAAUCUGGAUUUUUGGGGCCCUGCUGGGGGGUGUGGGGCAGCCACACACAUUGGGUGAACUCAUCAGGCUCAGAGCCACAGCAGGAGGUGCUCCUGGGCUUGGGGUAGGUGACAAAAUGAUGGCAUUGACUGCUUUUUUUUUGGUUUGCUCCACAGGAGGAUAUGGAAAAGGUGUUUUUAGUAUUUUUUAACUUGUUUUUUUUUUACUUCAUCCUCUGUAAAUGUCCAGAAUUAAUGCCAGUAUGGAUUUUAAAUGGGUGUAUUUAUACUUACUGUAAAAUUAAAGUUAGACUUGGUGCUAAGUUGACUGAAAUGUCUCCUCUAGAGCUCAGGCAGCUUUCAGAACCCUCCCACUCCCCUAAAAGCCACCUGGAGGUGAGGUGUCACCAGCACUUUAAACUGGAGCAGGCAGCUGCCCUUGGACCCUGUUCUGUCCCAGUGUGCUCUGCUGAGUGUUUGUAUUCCAGUGGUGCUUAGAAAAUAAAAAUAAAUGUUAUUUCUGUAAAAUAAACCCCA